AUGACACAUCCCGUGAUAUCACUAAAGCCUAGUUACAACUCAAUAAUUCGUGGCUGCCCGGGGCUGCCGGAAACUUUGCAUCAGCCACGUCUUGAAUGCGAGCUCCGAGUAAGGUCUAGCGAUGGUAAAGAGUUUUUCAUUGAAAACAUGGAAGUGGUUCUGAGAACCACCGAGGCUCUAAAUAGUAGCGGCCACUCGUUUACAUCAAAACCUAAGAUCGAAAAGUGCAUCGUUCACUACAAGAAGAACAUAAUGGUUUCCAACAAAAAACUAGUGGGUAUCGACAUCCCUCUGACAAUUGGGGUACCAGACGAUAUUAAAGAGACAAAUUACAACUCCCGCUUUGGCCACUGCUACACGACCCUAGAGUGCCGCGCCGUGUACUUCACCGACGCCAGUACUCCAUUAACGCAAACAUUUUCAACAGCAGUCAAUGUUGAAAGGUAUGACAACCUCACUACUUCGCGUUUGUCGCAACCUCUAAAACGGGUUUACCACUCGCCAGACAAUAAAAUACAAGUCAAAUACAGGGUAGAAAACCCUUGCGUCACUACUGAUGAUCUUCUGCAUCUUCAUCUUAACGUUAUACCUAACCUUGCAGGGUCUCAGCGAAUGUUCAAUAAGAAGGUCAAACUGAAAGCAGUGGUUUUCGAAAUCAAAGAAUAUUUAGAGGUCUUUGACACGCACCAUGAUGCCAAGGAAAACAUACUUCACAGCUUCACCAAGCCUUUCCACGAGGUAAUAGGAGGUUCCGGUAUCGAAUUCAAAUCAGACGUUCGCAUUUUAACGAAGAAUACACACUUCAAACAAUACGAAAUGUCUUUGAAUGAGCCCGCCGUUCUCUAUCAACUUCCACAGCACGAACCAGUUUACGCAGAAACUCCUCCAGAGACAGUUCUUUUAAAAAGCCGAAAAGACCUAGAGCCCUUCAAUUACCACAGCUCUAUAACCACCAGAGGAAAGCUUUUUUCCAUCACCCAUGACGUGACUAUAAGGUUUAAGUUUGGAAACGCCAAAGACUUUGAAAUUCACCAGCCCAUUGAUAUAUUUCCUUGGGUUAGGUCUCAGCUCAAGCUGGUUGAUAAUGUCGUUCUUAGGGAAAGGGACAUUGCCAAAAAUGCUCAUGCAUUCUACGAAAACUUUGGAGGCAUAAAGAGAAAUAAGACCACUGGUGGUCUUGAAUAUCCCCCACUGCCCCCAGUAGUUUAUACAGCUGAUAAAAGGACCCUCAAGCAGCUUGGAGUCGAAUUCGAUACAAGAUUCAAGGUACCGCGCAGGGUCCCUGUAAUAGAAUAG